AUCUUGAACAUGUCCACACAGACGAAUUGUCUGUGACGUGUGGGGUUACUUGCAGAGAGAAGCAUUCUUAGUCCACGUAGCUUAUAGAAUUUCUACUUGAGCAGAUAAACUCAAGAAUCUUGACUUACUAUUUUGAAUAUCGAUUACACGUUUUUGACUAAGGUUGAAUCUGGGGCAUCUUUGUGGAAAAUCCUGUCCUUUGUUUGAAUCUCGUUGCAAUGCUACAAAUUGCAGAGCUUCUGAAAAGGGUUUCAUUGCAAUUCAGAAGUUUUCUUUAUUCCAGAGGGUAGAUAUGGUGUGAUUGCCUUCCACUGUGAGAGUUUUCUUGUUUGAAGUCAUUGGUUUUUGGGUUGUAAAACCUUUAUAUAGUGAGGAAAUUGUAAUUCAUUCAUCUAUCAGUUAAUCUGAUCUUUGAUCAUUCCAUCAAAAAUUCUCUUGAUCAAAUUGAUCAAGUAGAACAACUUAUUUGUGUUUCGGUUUUGUAUUUCUUUCAUGAUGAAGUCCCAAGCCAUGUUUGGGGGUUCUGAAUGUGAAAUAUCAUUCAAGCAGACUACAACUGCAAUGGCACCAACUUUUGUUACAACAGAUAGGCAUAACUUCAAGGAAACUGUGCAGAAACUCACUGGUGUUUCACAGGGAGAAAAGCUCCCUGUCACCAUUCCUGCAAGAAUUUCAAGCAGAGGCAGGGGAGUAGCAGAGAUGGAAUCAGAUGCUGUGAUGAAGAAUAUGAUUGAAUUGGGUCCUCAGAAAUCAGAGUACAGGCUCCAGAAAAGAAGGAAAGUUGAGAGAAACUUGGAGAUUAAGUUGGGUUUCACUGUUCACGACCCUGGUAAUGCAAUGAAGUUAGCAGGCAAUAAGUAUGCGUUAUCACCCACUCUGAUUCCCAGCCCAAUCUCUCCUCUUGGGGCAGAUCUGUUUAGCUACAGUUACAGCCCAUCAUAUUCUUCUACCCCUACAUCAUGCAAUCAAUCCUCAUAUUUGGAGGAGGAAGUAGAGGAGUUCUGUUUUAGGCCAUUACCAAGUCUGAAAAGUGAACCAAAGUUGCUUCCUCUUUUUCCCCUGAGUUGCUCAACGCAACCCACCAACACCUAAAAGUUGUUGUCUUUGGAGUUGUUUCCUUCAAUUCCUUACAAAUCCCUGGUAGGUUUUUUCCAAAUGCCUUUAGCAAAAAGAUCUUCAAAUACUUUACAGAGUAAAUCUAGCAUCAUUUUGCUUUGAUGUAAGUAAAAAGAUCUUCAAAUGCUUUACGGAGUAAUAUAGCAUCAAUUUGCUUUGAUUAAGUGUGAA